AUGCCUUCCAUACGGUCCUCAGAGUCCACAAAGGCCUACUGGGCCUUCGCUGCCCUCGGCCCCUUUGCCAUCUACGGAGUCGUGCUGGCCUUGCUGGGCGUCCCGGCUUUAUACGCCCAUAAAUUCCACACCCUCUGGUGGAACGACGUCGACAAACCCGAGAGAUGGGGCUUUGCGAAGAACCAAGUCACCCCCUUCACGCUGCAAGCCCCUGAUGGCCCGGCCCUUUACUGCUGGCACAUCUUGCCUCUGUCGGUGUACACGCACAAAGAAGCCGACCUUAGCCGGGCAUCGCCGGCCCCAUUGGACAAGCAUGCAUCGUCGGAAGCCUUCAGACUCCUAAGAGAUGAUCCCGACGCGCGCCUCAUCCUGUCUUUCCACGGCAAUGCAGGCCACAUUGUCCAAAACACUCGCGCGCCUCAGUAUCGCAUGCUCACCGACACUGCCCACAAAUGGCACGUCAUCGCGCUCGACUACCGUGGCUUCGGCCACAGCACUGGCUCCCCUUCAGAAGAGGGUCUCAUCACGGACGCCUCCACGCUGGUCGACUACGCUAUUACGACCCUCGGGAUACCACCGAGCCGCAUCCUGAUCCUGGGCCAGAGCCUAGGGACCGCGGUGUCCUCGGCAGUUGCCGAGAAGUUCUCGCGCGAAAAAGGUGUCGAAUUCGCCGGCGUGGUGCUCGUCGCGACCUUCAGUAGCCUGCCGACCAUGUUGGCAAACUACGCCCUGGGCGGGGUAGUGCCCUUGCUCAAGCCUCUAAACAUGUGUCCGCCCGUGCUCCGCUUCUUCCUCCGCUUCGUGGUCGAUAAGUGGAAGACUCUGGACCGCCUCGCCGCUCUGACCGCCCAGACCCGGGAGCGGAAUGGUAGGCUCAGGAUCACAAUGAUCCAUGCGGCCGACGAUGGGGACAUACCAUCUGUGGAAAGCGUCAAGAUCUUCGAAGCGGUAGCGCGGGCCUCGGUCGAGGACGGAAUGGAUGAGACCGUGUUUCUAGAGACAAAGGACGCGAGGACGGAGGUGCGAGGGGAGAAAGCAUUCAAGAUCACCUGGAACGAAGAUGAUAUUACCAUCACGCAUGAACAGUUCGCCUUUGGAGGGCACAACGAUAUCAUGGUCUACGCGCCUGUACCACAGGCUGUAAUGAAUAUACUUGAAAAUAGAGGGGCGACUGGAUCAUCAGCCGCGUAA